UCGAACAUCAACCAUGAAUUGCCACAAUUGUGCACGGAGGACGCUUAGUGUGUUCAUCCGCUCGUUGGCAAAUGUUGAGCCAGUCUUCCCUCUCCGCCAAACGACGAUCAGAGCCGCGCAACCUUCACGAGUCUUCUCUGCCGCAAGCCAACUACAGACAGCAGAGCGAGGGCCGUGGAAACCAACCCGAACAGUCGUGAAUCACAGUGUUGAUGAGGACACACCGGAAGAGUGGAAGGAGCGACCAUCAUGGCAAGCGCAAAAGGCAGCCCUGAAAGAAAAACUAGGGGGAGAAGCUUGGAAUCCGCGCAAGAAGCUCUCACCCGACACAAUGGAAGGCAUACGGCACCUACAUGAAACACAGCCCGAAAGAUUCAGCACGCCCGUUCUCGCCGAUCAUUUCAAAAUCUCGCCCGAAGCUAUCCGGCGCAUACUAAAGAGCAAGUGGCGGCCAUCGGACGAAGAGCACGAAGCCAGGAUGCAGAGAUGGGACAAGAGAGGCGAGAGGAUCUGGUCCAAUUUGGUGGAGAUGGGCGUCAAACCGCCGAAGCGAUGGAGGGAUAUGGGUGUAGGAAGGGCACAAAAUGGAGAGAAGCCGAGAUGGAAGUCACGGAGCAGAAACCUUGUGGAUGUUAGGGACAGUGUCAGCGCGGAGUUUAUGGACUAUACCCCAGACAAUGAUGUUAUCCCAAUUGUGGACGGCAAAGCAAAGCCUAAGCCAGCGGCAAGCAAACCCCUAUUCGAAAGGUUAUAAUUGAGAAGAGGGAAUAGGGAACUGCUUCUUGCAUACUCAAUGUACACUUUCUCGGAAGCCAAAUCAAGUCCGUGGAAGAAUGUUAGAUAUUUCAUGGUAGAUCAGAGUACGUUGAAGCUUGCAGGACAUCGUUUUAAGAGCAUUCGAGACACCAAACGGUACUGCGACACAUACCAUCUGACCCGUCACUCGUAGGCCAGACUCCUUGACUACUCGACUAUGGCAAUUCCACCCGCUUACGAGCGUGGGCAUUGUCCACAAGCGUAUUUUGUGUCGCAACCAUAGUACUAGUUGGGGGACAGCGUUUCUAUCCCUGCGCCUCUUCGUAAAUAGAAAAGGCUAGCUUAUUGCUGAGCACUAGGUAACACAGAAUUGUCGCGAUGCUCCUGCGGACUCUCCAAGAACA